AUGGAAUUGGCGGAUAUGUGCAUUCGUGCGUCCAAAACGUCAUUCUUGUAUGGCAAGGAUGUCGUUUUGGAAGGAUUGAAAAGUGCUGACAUGAAUGGCCAAAAGGGAGUUGUAGGCGGGUACGAUCCAGAUACCGACCGCAGAUCAGUUUAUGUUCCCGAGGUGAGUAAGGAAGUUUGGAUUAAGCCUCAGAACAUCACGCUAGCAAAUGGAGAAAAAAUGGAGAAAAAGCUCAAUCUGGUCGAUGUUGCCGAUCGCUUUGGCAACGCUGCUCUCUUUGAAGUUUCCAGCAGCUAA